AUGACAAUUACAACACGUGCUCCUAGAGAUGGUUACGACGUGCCUGUGUACGGCCUGGACAAUAAUCACUUUGCUUAUUUGCAUAUAACAGCCCUAUCAUGUAUAAUAAUUAGUUUUGCCUUCUCUGUGGUUGUAAUCACGCUCUCAUUCCGUUCUUCAAGACAACGAUUUUUCGACUGGACAAAAAGCGAACGUUUCGUUGUUUAUAUGGCAUUAUGUGACGGACUUUUUAAUCUCGGACAUUCCUUGGACCAUUUGCAUAUUUUCAUUACAAGGGAUCACGUAAGACCACGUGCUCUUUGUAUUUGUUAUGCUUUCGUUAUCGGUGAGUUUAUUUCCGCUCAGAUGCUGAUGGUUAACAUUGUUGCAAUUAACGCUUUUGGUAUGAUAUACCUCAGCAAAGAUAUGAGUUUUGGAAGAUGUGAUUGGAGGCUGCUUUCGUAUACUUUUGGUGUUCCCUUCGUUGUUUAUUUGGUUGCGGCCAUCCUUGGAAAGCUUGGUCCAACAGGAGCUUUCAAGGAAUUAGCUAAUGUCCUUGGCGAAUCGGCUCAAUCCAUUAAAAGCAUACACAAUGCAGCAAAAAAUAUGUCACUUUUUGUUGCAGUUUUCUUCGUUCAGUGGUUUUCCUUGGCUGCCUACUCCAUCACUGCUUUGCUUGGAAAGGUCCCAGAAGUUAUCCUAUACUUAGCAAUUUUCUUCAAUAAUUUUGGCGGAGUUCUAAAUGGAAUAGUUUUCAUUAUUAUUAAAAGACGGAAGAGAAAAAAGGCCUUGAGGAAAUCAGAUAUAAGUGAGUCUGUGGCAACAAUUACCUCAAAAAUUUAA